AUGCAGUCCGCCCUCUUCAACUUCCAGUCCCUCCUCCUCGUCAUCCUCCUCCUGAUCUGCACAUGCGCCUACGUGCACGAUAUGUUCCCCAGCAUCCUCGACAGGAAAAAGGACGGCCCCAUGGGCGUCUUCUGGAAAUGCGCCCGGAUAGGGGAGCGUCUGAGCCCCUACAUAAGUAUAUGCUGCGUCGGCAUGGCUCUGUCUUUGUUGGUAUAG